AUGGAGUAUGUCACCCGAGGGGUUUGUGGCCAGGAGGGUUGUCGUGAGCGACGAUACUAUCUCGACAACGGCCUCUGGUUCUGCCGCCGCGGCCACUUGCAAGAGGGCCGACAAAUCGAAGAAGAUCCGGAUGAUUUCGGCACCCAGGGCAAAAAGCACCGGGUGAAGAAGGAAAAGGAAGAGAGAUCACGAAAGACAUAUCGCGGUCGCAAGGCGCAUACUCUUUUCUUGCAAGCGUAUCAGUUGAUUCUUUGGAAACAAUGUCACGCCUUGAUUCACGAUCAUGGCUUUCCCGAACAAUUUGAGGGCAUUAUACGAGACCUGUGGGCCUUGAGGCUGCAAGAUUUUACCCUCAGGAUCAACGCAACGACUGAUGACGAGGAAGAUGACGAAAGAGAGCUAUUUAGUUCUCAGCCUGAGACUGACAGUUCCGACGAUUUGGGCUUCAAGUCAAAAGGAGGGCGGUAUCUUGAAUGGCCCCGUUUGCUAGACUCUGUUGGCCUUUGCUAUCUGGCUGCUGUACUCAUGCGGCUGCCUGUCUGCGUCAGCGACUUUCAUCGCUUGAUCAUACGCCAAGACAUUCCCUAUAUCAGGGUAGCAAAGUCCAUCCCUCACGAGAUGAAAAAUAAACUUCCUCCUGAAUUUCUCGCAAGACUCGAUGUUCAUCAACUUCCGAAAAAGGAAACUUUUCAUCGCGCUUUUGUCGACCUCAUGCAAUACUACCAGCAGCGAUUCGAGAUCAUCCUUCCGCCAUUAAACUCAACACUAAUAUUAUACCGGCAUAUCAAAAGACUUGCGAUUCCAAUUGACGUUUACGAGACUGUCACAUUCCUAAAGAGCCUUGUCAAUUUCAGUCUUGCAUUUGGUACAACGACAUCCGGGGCCAAGCAAAAACGUGUCCUCGACCUACCCGAAGUCCAACUGAUGGCACUUAUUGUUGUUGCCACCAAAUUACUCUUCCCUUUCGACGACCUCGAACGCCAUCCUGCGACAGCCAAAGAGCCCGCCACUCAAGCUAUAAAUUGGUCCCUGUGGGCGCGAGCCCAAAACCACUUCAAUAACCGCGAGAACGCCAACGGGAGCAUUGGCAAAGAGAAGGUCAUUCAGCUCACCGAUAACGACGUACUAAACAUGGCUCCCAGUCAACUCGAUGAGUAUAUGGACUGGUACGAAAGCAACUGGAUCGAUAGUUUUCGGCUGGUGAACCCUGUCGCAGACAUGUUUACAACCAGCCGCACGACUGAAACGCCUGCUCCGCCCCAGGCCGUGCCGCCUUCAACCCUGGCGACUGCUGUUGACCCAGAAGAAGCCCUGAACUCUCUCGUACAUACAGUCAUGCAGGAAUUGAAGACCAAUGACGUCGACCCAGAUCCUGAAGAAGACGAUCGCCGGCCAGGCUCUUGGUACUGGCGAUAUCGAUGGGAAUCGCAGCUCCCCGACACAGCUAGGUCAUUUUAUGAGCUGGCGGCUGAGCUUGCAGCUGUCUCUUUACAGACGCUUGUCCAUGCUGUUACCAUCACUGAAUAUAGAAUUGCGAAAACUAUUGAAGAUAAACGACGGGCGGAGUAUUUUAGUCAAGCGAUGGAUUUGGACAUGGAGGGUGAUGCAGUUGAAGAUAGUGCCGAUGGGAUGGACGAGUUAGAUGAGCAGCUGACUGAACUGUAUGUUGGAGGCUUGCCAUGA